UAUGAACUCUAUUUUGAGAGAGAGAGAGAGAGAGAGAGAUGAGUACUGGCAAAACAAAGACUGUGUGUGUGACAGGAGCAUCUGGUUACAUAGCAUCAUGGCUCGUGAAGCUCUUACUACAGAAGGGUUAUACUGUUAAAGGCACUGUUCGUGACCCAAAUGAUCCAAAGAAAACAGAACACUUACUCUCGCUAGAUGGAGCAAAAGAAAGGCUUCAUUUGUUGAAAGCGGAUUUGUUAGAAGAAGGGGCUUUCGAUGAUGUAGUCGAUGGAUGUGUAGGUGUUUUUCAUACAGCAUCGCCUGCACAAUUCUCAGCCACUGAUCCACAGGCAGAAAUAGUUGAGCCUGCAGUGAAAGGAACACUCAAUGUUCUUAAAUCGUGCGCGAAAUUCCCCACUGUCAAGAGAGUAGUUUUAACAUCAUCUAUGGCUUCAGUAACGGGGACUGGAACCCCUCUGACAUCUGAUGUGGUUUUGGAUGAAACAUGUUACUCAGAUCCACUUCUUUGUGAGAAGAACAAGGAAUGGUAUCCUCUCUCAAAAACUUUAGCUGAGGAGGCUGCCUGGAAAUUUGCUGAAGUAAAUGGGAUUGACUUGGUGUCGAUGAAUCCAGGGCUUGCGAUUGGUCCACUCUUACAGCCAACUCUUAAUCUUUCUGUCGAGAUAUUUCGUAAUCUCAUAAGCGGGAUCCAAACAUCGAAUAAAAAUUACAGAUUCGUUGAUGUUAGAGACGUUGCCUCUGCUCAUAUUCAAGCAUUUGAAGUUCCUUCAGCUAGUGGCAGAUAUUGUUUAGUUGGCCAUGUUGCUGACAGUCCGGACACACUCAAGAUUUUACAACAAUUUUACUCCACUUUGUGCCUUCCUGAGUUUGGCAAUCCUUCAAACUCGAAGUAUCAAGUGUCCAUGGAGAAAGCAAAAGGUUUGGGAAUCACUUUCCUUCCUCUGGAAACAAGUCUUAGGGACUCGGUUGAAAGCCUCAAGGAGAAGGGUUUCCUCAAGAUUUGAAUUGUGCAACUUAUAAACACCUGUGAAUUUGAUGCACGAGUCGGUUUAAUUUUGGCAAAUAAAGUCUGUCUUCUGCUGAAGUACCCCAAGAGAUGCUGAAGAUUAUAUUAUUCCUGUUAAGAAUGUUGAAAGUAAUCGCAAAAGUUUGGCUCUUGGGCUUGAAAUUUU